UCCUGGCUUCACGUAUCGGCGUCUCUUCUUCGCGCGCAGCGCGGGCACCGAGGAGGAGGGGGACACAAUGGCGGACGGAGUCGACCACAUCGAUAUUUACGCCGAUGUAGAAGAGGAAUUUAAUCAGGAGUCUGAAUAUCCUGUUCAUGAGCAGAUUGACCUUUAUGAUGUCAGCUCACCAUCUGCCAACAACGGGGACGCACCUGAGGACCGAGAUUACCUGGACAACCUGCCUGCGCCGGGGGGAUCUGAAGGGAGCAAAGGAGCUCCACCGAAUGUCGUCUUCACCUACACUGGCAAACGAAUCGCUCUGUACAUCGGCAACCUCACAUGGUGGACCACUGAUGAAGAUUUGACCGAUGCUAUUCGCUCAGUAGGCAUCAAUGAUGUGCUGGAGAUCAAGUUUUUUGAGAAUCGAGCAAAUGGACAGUCAAAAGGGUUUGCUCUGGUCUGCGUGGGUUCAGACUCAUCGUCCAGGAAGCUGAUAGACCUGCUGUCCAAACGGGAGCUGCACGGACAAAACCCAAUCGUCACUCCUUGCAACAAACAGUCGCUCAGCCAGUUUGAGAUGCAGUCGCGAAAAAGCAUACAGUCCGGGCAGAUGUCCGGAGAGGGGAAGGCCGGGCCUCCAGGCUCAGGAUCUCGCAGUGGAUUUCCUCCUGGCAAGAAUCGUGGGCGCUUUCCCACCCCUCCUGGCCCAGGAGGAGACCGCUUUCCUGGAUCAGGUGGACCUGGUGGACCUCCACCACACUUCCAAGGUAUGCAAGGCCCGCCGCGUCCCCCCUCAGGCCCACCUGGGCCUCCAGGACCCCCUGGCCCCCCUCUACCUGGGCAAGGUCUGCUGCCGCCCCUCGGAGGUCCUCCUAAUAGAGGAGACCGUCCUCCUCCACCCGUCAUGUUUCCUGGUCAGUUUGGUCAACCUCCUAUGGGUCCGAUGCCUCCUGGGCCUCCCCCACCUGGAUACGGGCCUCCUCCAGGCCCCCUUCCACCUCAGCAGGGUCUUCCCCCUCCGGGACCCUUUCCUCUCCGUCCACCUGGGCCCUUAGGACCCCCGCUUGGCCUUGCACCUCCACCUCAUAUGCAGGGACCCCCGCCUGGAGGUCCACCGCCGGCCCCUCACGUCAACCCGGCCUUUUUCCCACCACCCGGAAACAACAACAUGCCCUCGUCCGACAGCAGGGGCCCACCGCCGGGUGACAUGUACGGCCGCCCCCCUCCAUACGACAGAGACUUUGGCCCUGGUGGCAGGGACAUGGAUUCGUCUCGUGCUCCUCUGAGUGAAGCGGAGUUUGAGGAGAUCAUGAAUCGUAACAGAGCGAUAUCCAGCAGUGCUAUCUCGAGGGCAGUGUCCGACGCGAGUGCAGCUGAUUACGGCAGUGCUAUAGAGACUCUGGUGACCGCCAUCUCUCUGAUCAAGCAGUCAAAGGUUUCUGCUGAUGACCGCUGCAAAGUCCUCAUCAGCUCAUUGCAGGACUGCUUGCAUGGAAUAGAGUCCAAAUCCUACGGAUCUGCAUUGAAACGGGAACGGUCCAGGGAGAGGGACCACAGUCGCUCUCGUGAGAAGCAUCGCCGCAAGUCUCGGAGCCGAGACCGACACGAGGACUAUUACAGAGAGCGCAGCCGCGAGAGGGACCGUCAUCGUGAGAGAGACCGCGAACGUGACCGCGAGAGAGACCGAGAACGUGAGCGGGAGUAUCGCCGUUAGUUGGAGAAGAGAUCGGGAUCACAGGUACGUGAUCAGAAAAGUGUGAUCGGAGUACUCUGAUCCUUAAAACUUGUGUACCUGGUCUUGAAGCCGUUUAAUGUGCAAUAUCAGCUCCUGCAAACUUAAACUGUCCCACAGUUGAUGAUAUCUAGUUUGUCUUUGAAUGGAUUUUGUGUGUAUUUCAGCGUUUUAUUUUUAAAAAAAAAAGUAUAUAUGCUUUUGCAUUUAAACUGCACUUAUUUGUCCAUUUAACUGAGAUUUGCUGCUAGUUUUGAGACUAUGCCAAUGUCAAACAACACUUCACUCCUUAUUUUGCCUAAUUGACCAAUUGUUUGCCAAAAAAAUUAAAUUCAGGAUGUUUCAUGCCUUUAGAAUUGAGAUUAUGAAAUAUAAAUUGAACAUGUGACCAUAAAUGUAUAGAAAAUUGGUUGAAGUUGGUUGAGUUUGAGAAAAUGAAUGUAUUGAAAAGAGCAAAAUCGUUUCUCCAGUUGUGCGUUGACAUUCCUGCAGACGGGUUUGAUGUUAACAAAGGUUGUCCUAGUUCUGGUUCAGUACCUCAGUGAUUUGUUGUGAAAAGCAAAUGAAUGGAGUCAAAUUGAUCUGCUUUGGCAUUUAAAAACAUGAAGCUUGUAGUCUGUCAGUUUGAGUUGUCAUGGUGUAGACAAAUUACAUUUUUUAUGUUGAGCACAUCUGUACAGUAUAAUUGAAAAAGAAAAAAAACAACGCAUUAUGAAUGUCCUUUGUCAGAACAAGCUAAAUGUAUUUUCACUGUCAAGGGUCAUUUUAUUAAUCCUAGUAUUUCAGUCACAUUUGCAGAAUUUUAAUAGCUAGUCAAAUUGACAUGUUCUCAGUUCAUAUCGUUAUUCGCUUAUUUUCCAUGUUUGUUAGUGUUACAUCCUCUUAGAUGCUGCAGAUGUAGCAGUUCUUCACCAUUUUUAAUGUUUGUCUUUAAAUGUAAAAUAAAAGUGAAACUACAGUGUCAUAGUAACACCAAUUAUGCAUUUAUUUUUUAUCUGCUCCUUUAAUGCUUAAUGAAUGAAGAACUGCUAUAUUGCUUUUCCAGAGCUAACAUUUUUAGCAUUUUUAUGCUUUUUUUUUAUUCUCUAGGUAAACACCCAUGUUUGUGAUUUUAAUUAUUUUAGUUUGAUUUAAUAUGCAACAGAUAUUUAAUAUUUUCACGAUCAAUAUUUAAAUGAAUGCAGCACAUGCCCUCAGUUCAAACCCUGUUGGUCUGAUUUUAGAAACUCAUUACUGUCUAACCUGUUGCUUCAUGGCUCUGCUGUGUGAUGUUUUCUACAGGCUAAAUUUGUACGUAAAUGUAAAUUUGUACAUAAUUUGUAUGUAAAUGCUGAGGACACUGUAAUAUCAUGUGUGAUGCAUUGUGAGUGACCGCACAUAUGCUAGAUUUAGAUGCACAAAAAAUGCUCUUCAAGUUCAACAGUUCAGUUCAACUAAAAUGGCAACUCGGGUUUAGCAAAUGGAUUGUAAAUGCACAACUGCAUUGUUAGUUUUGUUAAAUGUAAUUCUGAUAGCCUCCAAAUUGUUGUUCUGGCCUCCUCCUAUCGAAAAAAUUGCCAAUUAUUCAGGUGUUGAUUUUAGUUUUUCUCUCUUCUCAACUGUACAACCUAGAAUUGUAGCAACACCAUUCAGAGAAAGUCAGCAAUGCACAAUUUGCAUUUUGUUUUGUUCCGCUGUUAUUAAUUCAGAAAUCAUGUUGCACUUUUAAAUACGUGUUUUUAGUCUAAAGUAUGCAUCGGGUUCGAGAUUUUGAAUAGAACAUUUAAGCACUGCAAACUUAAAUGAAUUGAAAGCAUUUGCUCCAUGCGUAGAGCCCUGUUCCAGGGGAUUUAUUGGGAUUUUUGGAUGUAGUGCCUAUCUGUCUGGAGUUCUGCAGAAAUGACUGUUCCUAGGUUAUUUGUGUUUUUCUGAAGUAAUGGUCCUGACAUGGUAAUAAAUCACACCCCUCUUCCUCUGUUCACUAUUGUGCUUUAUAAGAUUGUCACAGGAUUGGACAAACUUGUGUUUCUGGGAUCAUUAUCGUUAAUUGUAAUUCCAAACACAAACUACAGUGCAAGAAUUUCCAUGUGUUCAUGUCUAUCUUGCUAAUUAUUUCUUGUAUUAAAAUGGGC